CUUUUCAAGAUGGUGAAAAACAUAUACCUAUUACAUUUUUUGUUUUACAGUAUUAGAUAAUAUUAUAAGGUUACUUUAGAAAAAAUAUAUUUGAUUUUUCUGUUUUGUGUUUAUUUUAGGAGAAAACCAAAAGCCAAGGCACCGCCUCCUCCAGCUGAGACCAGAUCCGUUGAUGUCUCUUCAGUUGAUGACUCUGUAGAAUCCUCGGCUUUCAUCAUGGAACAGAAAGAAAACAUGAUAGAUAAAGACAUUGAACUCUCGGUGGUUCUACCUGGGGAUGUUAUCAAAUCUACUACUGUUCAUGGCAGUAAACCUAUGAUGGACUUGUUGAUAUUCCUGUGUGCACAGUAUCACUUAAAUCCAUCAAGCUACACAAUUGAUGUGCUGUCAGCUGAAAAGAACCCCAUUAAAUUUAAGCCAAACACACCAAUAGGAAUGUUGGAAGUGGAGAAGGUAAUUUUAAAGCCAAAAGUGUUGGAUAAGAAAAAACCUACACCUAUAAUACCAGAGAAAACUGUGAGAGUAGUGAUCAAUUUUAAGAAAACACAGAAGACAGUAGUGAGAGUUAGUCCACACGCAUCCCUUCAGGAACUUGCCCCGAUUAUAUGCAGCAAAUGUGAGUUUGAUCCAUUACAUACGCUGCUGUUGAAGGAUUAUCAAUCUCAGGAGCCCCUCGACUUGACAAAAUCCCUUAAUGACCUGGGUCUAAGAGAAUUAUAUGCCAUGGAUGUCAGUAGAGACACUUCUGUUACUGCCUUCAAUAAAUCAUCUUUACGAGAGUCCUGCCAAAUAUCACAAGACCUAGACCUGAUGAAAGAGAAAGAAAAUAAAGGAUUUUUCAGCUUUUUUCAACGCAGUAAGAAAAAGCGGGAGCAAACUGCAAGUGCUCCUGCAACCCCUCUAGUAAGUAAGUCUCGCCCGACUUUCAUGAGGUCCAAUACCAUUUCCAAACAGUAUAUUUCAAACACCCUGCCAUCAGAUGCACCCAAGAAGAGGCGGGCUCCUUUGCCUCCAAUGUCAGCAUCUCAGAGUGCCCCACAGGGCCUUGCCAACACGCAGGAGAGGCCAGCUUCUUGUGUAGUGAAAUCCAUGAGCGUGGAAGAAACAAAUAAGGGUUCCCGUGGAGCAGGCAUAGUGAGGACAGGCUCACUGCAGCUCAGUAGCACAUCCUCGGGGAAUUCGUCUUUGAGAAGGACAAAGCGAAGAGCACCAUCCCCACCCUCCAAAACGCCUGUGCAUCAAAGUGACGAAAAUAGUCACAGGACUGCUAAUGCCCUGCAGUCAGUAGAAACAGCUCCUACGGACAAUGUUUCAGAAGCUAAAUCUCCUGAAGGGUUAUCCAGCCCAGAAGCCUGUGUUGGCCCUGGGCUCCCCAGUUACGAAUGGUGCACUGCGCCCAUACUGACAGAGGAAACCUCUGUUUCCGAGUGCCCUGGAACAUCUGAGGCAGCUGUUGCAUCACUGACAUCUGGAAUAAGCUCUGAUUACAGUCUUGAAGAGAUAGAUGAAAAGGAAGAACUGAGUGAAGUGCCUAAAGAUGAGGCUGAAAAUAUUCCUCUGAACUCACAAGAAAUUCCUUUUGUGUCUACUGAUAUAAUAAAUACUAUGAAAAAUAAUCCUGACUCAGCCCUUGGCAGUGAUACAGGAGAGUCCUCACAAAACUCCAAGGAAGAAAAACAAGAAACUAGAAACACAGAUGGACAAAGACCACACAUUAUGGUAUAUAAUACAAGCAAUGAAGAGAUGACGGUUGACAGUGUACGAAACUUGAAGUCACUGGGCUCAAACCAAGACAAUGAUCAAAAUGAAGUAAUUGCCUUUCCAUUGAACACAGAAGAUAAUAAGAAAAAUGGGGUGAGGAGGACAGAAAUGAAUGUAGCCUGUGUUGCCAAAAAUAGUGACGUGGACAUAAAAGCUGACAGACUAUCAAACUAUCAGCCAUGUAAAACUGAUACUACUGUAAAUUACAAGGAAAAUCAUCUAGCAACUUCAUCAGUGUCAGACCAAAAGCUGAAUCAACUCACUGUCGAAAAGAUAAAAAUGCAAGAUGCAGCAAUUCAGACAGCCCCUUCCUGUAACAGUUUUGAUGGGAAUCAGCAAGCUCAUCAUUUAUCUGACCUCAAAGUUGAUGAAAGUGUGCAAACUUCAAAUAAGAGCAGAUCAGCUCAACACUUAUCUUUGCAUCCACAAACUUCUGUAGAUACCUCAAGAGAAUUCAGGAGUCAGGGCACACUAAUUGUACAGGAAGACCAACUUACCAUAAAGGAUCCAAACUGUUCACCUGAUAAUGAUGAUCUUUUGACUCCUGUAGAUGUUACUGAUAAAAAUUCAAAUGCUUCUUAUCUAAAGAACUAUCCAUUUUACAGACAAGACUCCAAACCCAAGCCAAAACCUUCAAAUGAAAUUACAAGAGAUUAUAUACCCAAAAUUGGAAUGACUACUUAUAAAAUAGUGCCUCCCAAAUCCCUGGAAAUAUUGAAAGAUGGGGAGUCAGAAACCAUAGGGUAUAAGAAUGAUCAGGAGAUGCAUCCUUUAGAAAAAAAGCCCAUGGACGAGAAGGUGAAAGAAACUGCAGUCCAAACAGAUCUUGUUAUUUCUGAAGGCCCAAAGGGACCACAGCCAGACCUUAAACCAAAACCUAGCCUGGGAGCAAAGCACCAGGUGCAGGGGGCGGGGAGCAAGACCAAUGGUGUAAUGACUGAUCAUCUGAAACCUACUCCCAGAAUGACUAGAGACACUGGCACAGCUCAAUUUGCACCGAAUUUGGAAGAUAUAAACAGUAUUCUGGAGUCAAAACUUAAAUCUAGGAUUUCAAAUCCCCAGGCCAAACCAAGCUCUUUUUUCUUACAGAUGCAGAAAAGAGUAGCAGGUCAGUAUGUGACAUCUGCAGCUGCCAAGAGUAUCCAUGCUGCGCCUAAUCCUACUUCAAAGGAACUCACAAGUAAAGAGGUGGAAAGUAAUCCGCUGCCUUCUCCAGAGCAAACUCCUUCUCUCUUAAGUAAAACAGCUAACCUCCUCCAACAGCCCCUUAUUAAAAACUCUGGUGAUGACAUCAUUGGUCAGAAGCCCAUUGAAACCUCUGCUCCUCCAGUCGCUCCAAAACCUGUGCCUCUUCCCACUAGUCAGUUAGCAGAGCAAAAUUUGAAGACUUUGAAAACUUUUGGUGCCCCACGACCAUACUCAAGUUCUGCUCCUUCACCGUUUGCCCUUGCAGUGGUGAAAAGGUCACAGUCUUUCAAUAAAACACGUACUGCCUCCAAAGAGUCUUUCACUGAUGGUACAUCUGCCCAAUCUCCAACCAGCACAGAGAAAGGGAAGGCUAGUUCUGUCAAUAAAUUUGUGGACAUCCCACAACCUGGUGUGAUUGAUAAGGUAAAUAAUUCUGCACAUAAUGAACAAGAUUCCCAAAUACCGUCUCCAACUGCCUGCCCAUCAUUCACCCUUAAGAGACAAAGUUCUUUAACAUUCCAAAGCUCUGACCCAGAACAGAUCCGACAGAGUUUGUUGACUGCAAUCCGUUCUGGAGAGGCUGCUGCCAAAUUGAAAAGGGUUACUGUACCAUCAUAUACAAUAUCUGUGAAUGGAAGAUCAAGAGUCAGCCAUUCCAUGCCCCCUGAUGCACAGGACGGCUGUUAAACCUUGCCCUACUAUACUGCACUUCAUCACCUCCAUUUCACAGACCAACUUCAUACUAAUGGAGAAUGUUUGCAAAUAUAUAUUCAGAUGUAUACUAAUAUAUUAUCUAUUAAAGUAUAAGAAUUUUCUCUGGGCUUUUAAUGCCAAAAGAAUGAGAAUUUAUAAUUUAUAAUUAUUUUUUUGGUCUCUUUUGCCUUAAAAACUGAAUAUGCUGCUUUGGAACUUAAGUCAAGGUGUAAAUGACUUUCCUUUUUUAAAUGAGAAAUAAUCACCUUUCGUUGAUUUCAUUUACUUAUUGAAGCAUACUCUGUAGUGGUGACUUAGACAAAAGAAUAAAUUAAGAUUCAUAGACUUAUAUAUUUGUUUGCCACAUAAACUGCUAGAGAAACAGAUCUGACAUUUGCUGCCUCAAUGUUACUGUUUAAUUGGAAACUUUUAUAAGUUUUGCAAGUCUGUUUUGUGCUGAAAGAAGGAUCUAGAAAAUUAGUAAUGUCAAGUGUAUUCAGUUCAACAGUUAUUUUCAAUGAUAAAUCAUUUAGUGUUCAAGACAUUUUUAUGUUUUUUAUGUAAUUACAAAAUCAGUGUCAAAUUCAUGGGCACUCGUGGUAUUUUAAUAUUUUAUUAACAUGGAACACUUUGUUUUUUAAUCUUUAGAACUUUAAUUGCACAAGGAGAAUUUUAAAUAUUUUCUGUAUAUAAUUAUGACAAUGUCACACAGAUAUUACACGUACUGUGUGCCAGAAGCCUUAGAAAUCUUCCUGUGAAAAUGUUGAUAUAUGGUGACAGUUGUCUCACAUUCAGUAUGUAGAGAGGAAUAGGGCUUAGUUUAUGUCCAUAAUGGAAAAUUUUAAAGACUAUUUGGAAAUUCCAGAAAUCCUGGUUUUAAUUUAAGUAAAAUGAUAACGUCAUUAUGUAGUUCUGAUGCUAAUAAUCUAAAUAAUAAUAUAUAUGUACAUUAAAGCUAAAACUGUUAAGGAA